UCUGAUCUCACUGGUCACGGAUUAGUGUGGAGUCAGUCAUGUUUCGCAAGGCAUUUUUGAUCUGUUACAUCAAGUUGGAGUGGGAUGUGUUCAGGUCAAGAGUAUCACAUAUGGACGCAGUGGUCCGCCGGUGCCCUUUCCUUACCGUUGUGCCCAGUGUUUUCCUGCAACUGGCUGGAAACUCAUCGCUGGUGAGCUAUGCCCAAAAGUGCCCUGUGAUGAUGGACCUGGCCUCAAGACCCCUGGCCAGAGCUCUGUCUUCUUCAACUUCUGUGUCCAAAGGCACUUCAACAAAUGACGAUCAAAAGCAUGAAGUCAAGUUGCCUCCAGGACACACUGUGCCGCCUGCUGGCCAGACUGUAGGCUCUAAAUGCCCUUUCCUGGCUGCAGAGAUGGUGCAGAACAACAACAGGGUAGUAAGAGAGGCCAGCAUGGAGCUGCAGGAGGACGUUCAAGAGAGACACUCUUUCCGCACAGGGAAAACUGGUGUGGAUUUAUCAGUUUUUGAUCUUAUCGAGGCAGACAAGGCCAGCACCGGGGCACCGAAAAGCCUUUUUAAACCAACAUCUUCCAAAGUGUCUCACCUAUUAAAGGAUAAUCUGCCUGAAGUUGUCACCUUCCAAUAUGAAAAGUUUUUUGAAAAGAGGAUUGAAAGCAAGAAGACAGAUCACACUUACAGGGUUUUUAAGACAGUGAACAGGCGUGCCUCCUCGUUCCCAAUGGCAGAUGACUACUCUGAGUCUUUUCAUGCAAAGAGAAACGUGUCCGUGUGGUGCAGCAAUGACUACCUGGGCAUGAGCCGUCACCCCAGAGUCACACAGGCUAUCAUUGAAACGGUACGAAAGCAUGGUGCUGGUGCAGGUGGCACUCGAAACAUUUCAGGGACAAGCAAAUUCCACGUGGAACUUGAGCUGGAGCUGGCUGACCUGCACAGCAAGGAUGCUGCGCUGCUGUUCACUUCCUGCUUUGUAGCCAAUGACUCCACAUUGUUUACUCUGGCAAAAAUGCUACCAGGUUGUGAAAUCUACUCUGAUGCUGGCAAUCAUGCCUCGAUGAUUCAGGGUAUAAGAAACAGUGGAGUCAGGAAAUUUAUUUUCCGUCACAAUGACGUCAGCCACUUAAGAGAACUUCUUGAGAAGUCUGACCCAUCAACUCCAAAGAUCGUUGCCUUUGAGACCGUGCAUUCAAUGGACGGGGCUGUGUGCCCACUAGAAGAAAUGUGUGACAUCGCCCACAAGUUUGGUGCUCUUACCUUUGUGGAUGAAGUGCACGCUGUGGGGUUAUAUGGGCCCAGAGGAGGAGGGAUCGGGGACAGAGACAGAGUCAUGCAAAAGAUGGACAUCAUCUCCGGUACCCUUGGCAAGGCGUUCGGCUGUGUGGGUGGUUACAUCGCCAGCACCAGCGCCCUGGUGGACACAGUACGCUCCUACGCUGCAGGCUUCAUCUUCACCACUUCCCUGCCCCCCAUGCUGCUCGCAGGGGCAAAAGAAUCUAUCAAGAUCCUGAAAAGCGAAGAAGGCCAGACGUUGAGGAGGAAACAUCAGAGGAGCGUCAAGCUGCUCCGACAGAUGCUGAUGGACUCCGGCCUUCCGGUGGUCCACUGCCCGAGUCACAUUAUUCCUGUCCGGGUUGCGGAUGCAGAGAAGAACACUGAGAUCUGUGACAUCAUGAUGUCUCGUUACAACAUCUACGUCCAGGCAAUCAACUACCCCACUGUGGCUAAAGGAGAGGAGCUGCUGCGCAUCGCCCCCACACCACACCACACUCCACAGAUGAUGUACUACUUUGUUGACCGACUGGUGAAUACGUGGACGGAGGUGGGCUUGGAGCUGAGGCCGCACUCCUCAGCAGUGGAGUGUAACUUCUGCCAGCAGCCUCUUCACUUCGAGCUGAUGAGCGAGAGAGAGAAGUCCUACUUCACAGGCCUCAGUCACAUGAUAUCAGCAGUGGCUUGAUAUCGAGUAAAACACUAAACCCUGGUUCUAUUCAAGCUAUUUAUUUUAUUUACAUUAAAUAUAUCACGGCAUAUAAAAUGUUCUGUAUCACCAAUAAAUGUGUGGGUAAACUGUUAA